AAUUAUGGAAACCAUGUCUCACGUGGAUCGAACGCGUCGCGAUCGAGGGCUGAGUCUCAUCUGAGUUUAAAGGGGAUGUACAGUAUAUUACCUACGUGCAUCUCUUGUGUUUUGCCGUCACGGGCUUGCAACAACCAAGCUUUCUUUCCUUGCCACAAUCCCACUUUUGACGCGUCCUAUUGCUCUUACUACUAAAAUGGUACGCAGCAGUAGCUCAUCUGCCAACACACAGCAUGUACCGUCGGAUGUAUGCGCCAAACUCACCACGGUGAAUAGGAAUGGUCGAAAAGAAGUCUUGUUGCUCAGUUUCAGUAGACCUCUGAUUAUCGGGAGGAACCCGGCAGUAUGCUCUUAUAUCGUAUCUGAGCCAGUCGUGUCGAGUGUUCACUGCAAGCUAUAUGCUGUUAGGUCAAGCAACGGAGGAGUAAUUGUAUCUUGUCAAGAUCUAUCGAGCAAUGGCCUGUAUUUGAAUCGCCACUGGAUCCGAGGCAGCUCCGUGAUUGUAAUGGAUGGGGAUACCUUGCAGAUCCCAUCCUCUCAGACGUUUACAUGUGUCCAUACACAUCAUACAAGCGUAAGAGACAACUCAGCCGUAUUCGAAUCUACGCCCAUUUCCAAUCAGUCAUUGGGACAGUGGAUGGUCACUUCUCAUAUGCUUGGAAGUGGGUCAUUCGCAACUGUGCGCCUUGCUAUGGAUACUUCGCAGUCUGCGCGUAGGCAAGUCGCGUGCAAGACGAUCAAGCGUAAGAAAAGCGAUACUCGAGGUGCAAUAUUGAAGGAAGUCAAGAUCCUAGGAGCUCUGAAUCACCCAAACAUCAAUCGCGUGUAUGAUGUCGUCUCAGACAGUACACAUAUGCAUAUAUUCUUAGAGCUUUGUACCGGAGGAGAUCUAUUCUCUUAUGUCGCACAUUACGAAGACAAAGAGUAUCGGCUGUGUGAAGGCGAAACCCAGUAUAUCAUGUACCAGCUCUUGCAAGGUCUGGAGUACUUGCACAGUAGAUCCAUUGCUCAUCGAGACCUCAAGCCCGAAAAUAUCCUGCUCUAUUCUCCAGGUCCUUAUCCACGAAUCCAGAUCGCCGAUUUCGGACUUGCAAGACCUCAAUCACACGAAGAAACUCUGAACGUCUGCGGAACCGUGCCUUAUCUGCCGCCAGAAGGCAUCCUGGCAUUGGACAACAAGUACAUGGGCUACGUCGGUAUCCCCGCUGACUGCUGGAGCGCAGGCGUCAUCAUGUUCCUGAUGCUUUCUGGUCGUCAUCCAUUUGACUAUGGCGUUAUCCCCAGCGACUCUGACUGGCCUACUUCACCUGUCUUCAAGAGCCACGCGUGCGACUCUCAGUACUGGCUAAGCUCUGCUCAGAACGACGACGUUGUCAAAAGAAGAAUUAUUGACGGCGAUGUCGAGUACUCCCAGCAUAUAUGGAAGCCUAUACCUCACGCUCAAAAAUUGUGCGAUUGGCUUCUCUCCCCGGAUCCCCAGUCAAGAGCAACUGUGUACGACGCGCUGGAUAGCAAGUGGAUCAGAGGCGACUUGAACGAACUCACGGCUGCCUAUCAUAAACGAAUGAACACUCGAUAACGUCGUAACACAUCGCUUGCUCCCUGCUGGGAUCCUGUGCAUUCUAU